AUGACACCGUCCUCCACUGCUAUGAGAAAAGACCAAGCACACAUCACCAGUGCUAGACUGGAAGCUUCUAUGGGUGCAACUGGGAAAGAAGUCUCCACAUACACACAGAAAUGUCUAGAUUUGAAGGCCUUCCAGCAUCAGCCAUGCCCUAGGAAUGGGACCAAUCUUCCUUCCAACCUCCAAGUAGGACCCAGCUUAUCUGUGUUCAUGCAAUAUCAUUCCUGGGUUUCAUGCUGCUUCCAGGUGGAACUGAAUUCAACAACUGUUACUCGACCAGCAAAGGCAGGGGUAGGGAGAGACAAGAAGUGCCAAGGUGAUCCUUUCUGUGCCUUCCCUCCACAAGGCUAUAACCCCUCAAACCCACCAUCUUCAGGCUUUUUGAGCCCUGCUGUCCUUGUCCCUAAACUUAAUCCUAUCCUUAGGCUUGCCCACCUUGCCCAUUCCUGCGUGAGAUGA